AUGACAACUGGCGAUGGUCAAAAUAAUGAUUAUCAUUAUUUACUAAAUAAUAUUACUAAUAUUACCAACACUACCUAUAAUAGCACCAGUAGUAAAGGCAAUGGCACAGCAUUUACUCACAAACCCCAACAGCAAUCAGUCAAUUCAAUUCAAUCGCUAAUUGAGCCAGUUACUCCUCCUAUUACCACAAGUUCAGCUAGUUCUAAUAAUACUUCUGGUAACACUACUAACAACUACAACCAAAUCAAGACCAGUAGUACUAAUAACAACUAUAUGUCAAACCUUGGCUUAUUCAACAAUUCAAAUUCUGUGCAUCAAAGAACAAGUUCAUUAGAUCUAGCUAACUAUGGCAAUGUCGCUACUAUCACCAACAACAAUUCUGAUUCAACAAAUGCUGGCGCAAAUACUACAAAUAUGCUAUCCUCACCUACACCUAUCAGUACAGUCAAUGGGUUCAAUCCCAGCACCACUACUGGCAAUACCCCCUUGUUAGGUGCUGCUACUAGCAAUAGGUCUAGAUUGAGAUCAUUACCCCUAAUUAAUGAAUUUGAUUUGCCUCUUUUAGACCCAGUUAAUACUUCUACAAUGUUAAAAAAUGGUAGUAAUAACAGUAAUACUUUAAACUUUACUACUAACAACAAUAAUAAUAAUUAUACACCAAGUAUUGCAUCCUCUUCUAACUCUUCCGCCAAUUCUUCUUCAUCUGCAUCCUUAAAUAACAAGAAUAAUAAGAGUACUUUGUCUUCUGUUUUGACUAAUAAUAACAGUAACCAUCAAAGAAAUAUCAGCACUAAUUCAAUCACAUCAACCAAUAGUGUUUCCACCUCAUCUACCUUAUUUAAUGAUCUAAACCAAUUGCCCCUGGAGGAAUUGGACUAUGUUAAAUUAGCGAGCGACCAAUAUGGGUGCAGAUUUUUACAAAAAAAAUUAGAAACUCCCAUGAUAUCAGAUAAAGUUCGUGAUUUGAUGUACCAAACAAUUAGACCAUUUUCCCUUGAAUUAAUCUUGGACCCAUUCGGCAACUAUUUAAUUCAGAAGCUUUGCGAGUAUUUAACUUUAGAACAAAAGGCCACCUUGAUUCAGGAUAUAUACCCUGAAGUUUAUCAAAUUUCUAUAAAUCAAUAUGGUACUCGUUCUUUGCAGAAAAUUAUUGAUUGUAUAACCACUGAACAACAAAUAGAUAUGAUUGUCUUGGGUUUUGGGCCAACUCACACCUCCAUCGAGCAAAUUGUUAAACUAAUUAACGAUUUAAAUGGUAAUCAUGUGAUUCAAAAAUGCAUUUUCAAAUUUCCACCCAGCAAAUUUGAUUUCAUUAUUAGUGCUAUAGUUUAUAAUGACAAUAUUAUCAAGAUAUCCACACACAAGCAUGGAUGUUGCGUCUUGCAAAAGUUGCUGAGUGUAUGUACUCUACAACAGAUCUUUAAAAUAUCUCUGAAAAUAGUUGAAUAUUGUCCUAAUUUGAUCAACGAUCAAUUUGGUAACUAUAUUAUCCAAUUUUUGUUUGACAUUAAAGAAUUGGACUUUUAUUUAAUGGGCGAAAUAUUUACCAAAUUAUCCAAUGAAUUAGUUCAGCUAUCAUGUUUGAAAUUUUCCUCCAAUGUUGUCGAAAAGUAUAUCAAAAAGUUGUUUGGUGUUGUUACAUCAUGGUUGAGCAAUAUUUCCGCAACUAAUACGGAUGCCGAUGUUGUUGGUGUCGCUACAAAGAUUUUGUUAAACGUUGUUGAAAUUUUCACGGCCAACUUGAAUAUUUUGAUUAGAGACAAUUUCGGGAAUUAUGCAUUACAGACAUUAUUAGAUGUCAAAAAUUACUCUAAAAUUUUGGACUUGAAAAAUAAUAGCAACGCCAUCAGCACUACUGACAUGAACAAUAGCAUGCUACAAUUUUCUUAUGAUUUUGCAUCGAGGAUAAACAAACUGGUUUUCAUGACAAAGAAUUUGCUACCAACAAUCAAAACGACUUCCUACGCAAAAAAAAUUAAAUUGAAGGUUAAAUCCUAUUCCGAAUUGACAGGCAUUUCUCUAGAGGCUAACAAUAGCAAUGUUCUCAAUAAUAAUGCUAAUAGUAAUGCUUUUAAUGGUGCUGCUACCCCAAAAUUUAACCACACACGUCAUUUUUCAUUACCCGCCAAUGCCUUCAAUUCAGCUUCUGUAUUUAACGGUAAUAACAAUAGCAUGAGCCAUCCUACUACUAACCAUAUGAGAACUAAUAGUACGAAUAGCAACUUGGGUGUUUCUAGAGAUAACUUUUCUCCCCCCGGUACCAUUUCUAAUAAUAUUGCUGCUUCUGUCUCAAACACCAGCUCUGUUUCUCCAUCACCGCCAUUAUACGAGUUUUAUUCCAAUACCAGUACUAGUAAUUGCUACAAUAACAACAUGCAGAAUAUUGGUUUCCAACAACAAUCAGGACCACAAUUCCAUUCUGGAUCAAUGAGUUCAAAUAACCCAAACAAUCCACCUAUGGGAUUUUCUAAUAUGAUUACUAAUACUUCCAUUACCAAUAAUAACCCUAUUAACAGCAAUGUUAAUAAUGCAACUGCGCCACAAUUGCAAUCCCAAUUUAUUCCAAACAUGUAUGGAUAUAUGGCCCCUCAAAGACCACUACCUUUGCCACCUUCACAGGUGCAACCUACCACUGGUAUGCCUGGUUUUUUACCAAAUACAAACAAUAAUAUUAAUAUGUGGCAAUCAUUUCCACAAGGUUAUACUAAUGCUAAUACUGGUGUUAAUAUUACUGAGAAUAAUCAUAACACUUUUUCCAAUACUUUUACCAAUCAUCAAUGA